AAUAAUUUCGAUAUCUCUCCUCUAACCGGUUUGAUUACAGUAGCAUCAGGACUUGAUUUCAACACUCAAUCGUUUUAUUCUUUGUCCAUUUCAGCAACAGAUCAGGGACGCCCACCAAAGAGCUCAAGUGUAUUAGUCAAUAUCAGUAUCAUUGAUAUUAAUAAUCAUAAUCCUGAAUUCAACCAGUCGUUAUAUACUGCUAGUAUCACUGAAGGAUUAGCGUUAGGAUCAGCAGUGAUUCAAAUCAGUGCUUCUGAUAUUGAUUCAGCAGGAUUGAGGUAUCAGAUCACAGUUAAUAAAUACGUUAAUGAUACUGCACUAUACAGCAUUAAUGAUACCACUGGCCUGAUCAGUACAGCUAGUGAUAUUGAUUACGAGUUAACACCAUUCACUGAGAUAUUAGUAUCAGCAAUUGAUUCUGGCUAUGAUCUUGUGAGAUCAAAGAGUGUUCCUGUUCAAAUCAGUGUUAAGAAUAUCAAUGAUGAGUAUCCAGUUUUUGAUCAGUCAGAGUAUUAUGUUGAUGUGAUUAGACUCUUGACACAGAAUCAGUUUGUGUUAGAUAUCAAUGCGACUGAUCCUGAUAUGAUUCCAGACUCACUGUUGACUUAUAAUAUCAGCUAUCAGUCUGGUAUUGAGUUAUAUUCCAUUGACAAUGCUACAGGAAUCGUAUCAACUUUGAUUGAAAUUCCUGAGAAUUCUCCUAAUUCAAGCUAUAUUCUAAUCACUGCUUCUGAUGGUUCUCUUGUUUCCAUGGCAACUGUACAUAUCAGUAUUAUUGAUGAAGGGAAU